AUAGCUAAGCACUGAUUGCUGAUCACGUCAUACACACUGAGUUACUUUAAUAAAAAAAGUAAACUGAAAGAUUUUAUUUAAAAACAACGUUUUGGAUUUUAAACAAUGUCAAUCGCUGUGAUAUUUAGCGUGUUUCUACUGAUCCCUUCCAGUUGGACUUAUCCUAGCUUUCAAGACCAAGUACCUAACGGUUACAACGUCAGACAUCCUUGUAUUCCGAAUUAUCGGUGGCCAGGCCUGGGGCAUAUACAUCGUAAUGGCGGAGGAGCCCGAAAUGUCUUUGGUCAGGACUUUAAUAAAGCUGGACAGCAGUGGACCACAUCACUAUGUCAACUAGAUUCGGAUGGUGAUGGACGAACUAACGGAGAUGAACUCGGUGACCCAACGUGUGUCUGGUCACCAGGUCAAAUUCCUACCCGUACAGUGGACAUUACACAUCCAGGUGUGUGUGAGCCUAUGAACAGUUCUGCUUGUGCCGGAAAAAAUAGUUUUGUGUCAUGUCAGUUAGAAGCUCUAGACAACUGCCCCGUGUUAAAUAAUUCAGAUGUCAAAAUGAUCGAUCUGACUUUCACACCAUUCACCGUGCCUGGAACUGAGACCAAUUACAUCUGCAUGACCUUUGACCUACCAAGUGACCAGGACUAUCACAUCAUCGCUGACCAGCCAAUCAUCAACAACAGUAAUGUACUUCACCACAUGGUGCUAUAUGGCUACGAAAGAGCCAGUAUCGCCAACAUCUCCUCUCCGUCAAGCUGCAGUAUGGACCUGGAUUCAUUCACCACGGUCAUCGCUGGAUGGACAGUCGGCUACUCAGGCACAUGUUAUGGUGAAACAGUUGGGUUUAGGUUCGGCUCUACAGGAUACACCAGAGUCAGACUUGAGAUCCACUAUAACAAUCCAAAGCAUAUAUCAACCUACAUGGACGCCAGUGGACUGCGUCUCUACUACCGUCCAGCCAGACCUGAGGUCCAGGAUUUGUUUAGUUUCACUACUGGUCAAACGUUUUUGCAACUACCUCCAGGUCAACAAAGAGUUGAACAGGUUGGUGUCUGUAAAGGUUCCUGUACGUCACUGCUACUGAAACAACCUGUCUACCUGAUCAUAGCCCUAAAUCACAUGCACUAUUUUGGUCGUUCAAUGAAAGUGGAGCUCUUCCGAAAUGGAACACUUAUAGCCAAUUUAACCAAUGAUGAGUACUACAGCUACGACUCACCAGUUGUUUACGUACACUAUCCGCCUAUUCAAGUAUUGCCGGGUGAUGAGCUAGUAUCAACCUGUGUUUACAGCACACUCUCGUCUAAGAGGUGGGUCUAUUUUGGAGAAGGAACUACAGAUGAAAUGUGUUUUGGUUUUUUGAAGCUUUUCCCCAAAAGUGCGCUGUCUGGUUUAACUUUAAGUGGAUCUUGUGUGUCCAGAUCAACUUUGUCAUCAUGUGAGCUCAACCUCGGCACACCAAUCAACGGAUGUGACUGGAAAGGUUUAUCUAAUGCCAGUAAUCCAGAGACUUUCAAAAUGGCAACAGAUCUGAGCAAGAAUUGCAACUUGGAUGGAUUCUGCAGACCGGAAUGUAAGGACCUGGUGCAGAACAUCACAUCGGGUCCGUGUUUUCAAGGCCAGACUUCACAGUUUGUCAAAAGCAUGCUAGCUACAAGUAAGGAAGGUUUAGAGAUGCUAGGAAGACUACAGUCGUGUCCAGCUGGUCAAGGAGAUACCUGUCCACAACCAACCUGUCCCAAUCUAUGUGAAAACAAUGGAAGUAAUUACCAUAAAGUGUCAAGGGCUUUAGUCCUAGUUAUAACCUUCCUAAUUGUAGCCAUUAGUUGUUAGGGUAUCAGUUGUUAUGAUUCGUUAUUGGUCUUAAUAGGUAAAGUGUUAUGACUUGGCCUACAUUAUAUUGACUGAUUUAAAUGAAAAACAACAACAACAACACAAAAAUACCUAUAUAUGAUGAGCAAAGAUUGCAAACUGUUUAAUCAUAAUUGUAUUGAAUGAAAUCAUGACUUUAUUGAAUGUAUAUUCUAUUAUAAGAAUGACAUUAUUGUCUGUGAUAGUUCAGAGUUGACUUCUGAUUGCUGUAUAAACAAAACACUUUCCUGUAAAUAUAAAAUAUUUUAAUAUAAAAACAUGUUACUGUACAAAUAAAACACGUCUCUAUGCUCUCUUCUUCAAUUUAUGUUUAUGCUUUUGUUUAUAUAACAUACAAACCCACUGUGUCGGAGUCAACAAAAUAUCAUUUGACUUUGUCUAGAUCUUAUACAGGGAAUUUGAAUAAUGUGUUUAAUUUAUUAGCCUUUAUAUGUUUCAAUUUAUUUUCUUAUAUCAACUCACUCUGUCUGUCAGGUAAAAAGUUUGUACACGUUAUUUCUCCCACACCCAAUCUCGGGUCAAGCUAAAAUUUCGCACAAUUAUUUCUUGUAUUGGUAAUUAAUUAUUUUGUUUUGUUUCUUGAGCAAGGGAAAGAAAUUUUUAUUUGACUGAUAUGGUAGUACAAGUUGAAUUAGUCCCCUUUAUACUUUGUAGAGAGAAAAGUUUGAAACUCACAAUAGAUAACUAUAAACUAUAGUGGUUAUACAGUUUACGUGAGGAGGCUGGGGAGGCUUUAGCCAUCGAAUUCAAAUUCAGGUCGUUCACCUAUUAUUAUAAAUGCAUUUAAAAAGCGAUCACCGAGAUACUCCUUU